AUGAUCGAAGGUCAUUCUCAUUUGGGACACAAUAGAAUUAAAAGAAGCAGCAAACGCAAACAAACGAAACCGAAGAAUAAGAAAAACAAACGACAAUCUAGACGUAAGGUGGUGACCUCAGACAACGAUGACAAUAGCAGCAGUAGUAGUGAUGAUGAUGAUGAUAACGAUAGUCAAGAUUUGGAUAUUUGGGCAUGUGAAUUUGAACCCUCGAUCAACAGCAACAACCCAUCGACCUUAGUGGCUUUGUGUGGAGGAUCAUCCAUUUUGUUUUUAGAUACACAACAAGGACGUCAUGUUAAGAAAUAUACCCACCCUGAGCCUUUAGAAUGUUUUUAUACUUUGGCAUGGACCCUCUUACAACAGAGCGAUAAUGUCAGUGAAGAUGAUCCAUAUGCGGCAAUUUUGGCAGUAGCUGGCAAGUUUGGAUCCAUCAAAUUACUUGAACCUACACAAGCUCAUUGUUACCGUUACUUAUUUGGUCAUCAACAACCUGUCUUGAAACUCAACUUUGCAACAAAAGAACCAAGGUGGUUACUUAGUUCAUCAAUGGAUAUGUCAGUACGACUUUGGGAUAUUGGAACACCUGCCAACGAAAUCGAUGAUUCUUGUUGUCUCGCUCAUUUCACAGUACCUGGUACUAGCUAUCCAACAAGUAUGAGCCUGUCUUAUGAUUUAUCCUUAUUGGCAGUAGGAACAAGUAAAGCGGAUUUACUUCAAUAUGGUAUUCAGCCAACAGAUGUUAGUGAAUGGAGACGUAUUACUAGACAAUCAAAAUCAUACAAGAACAAUGAUGAUGAUGAUGGCGAUGAUGAACAAUAUAAUCCAACAAUCAUCAAACCAAAAACAAAGUUCCCUCAUGGUCAAGAAUGGCACGAUGGUUAUGUAGAAGAUAUUUAUAUUCUUGGUCAAGAUGGUGACGAAAAUGAACUCAACAAUCAUAUUGUCUCACGAGGAUCAAAUGAUAUGGAAGUCUUGAUGUGGAACCCGAAAACAAGUACGAAAACGGAUGCUGAUAUUUAUUUAUCUUUGGACUGGCCUGAAUCCGAUGAUUGUACAGGUUUACGAUUUUGUAUUGUUGAGAAAGAUGGUAGGAAAAGAAUAAAUGGAUUGUUAUACAUAAUAACGCAUCUUUAUUAUUGA